CUUCGGUUUGAUACUUCGACUCGGGCUGCUUCCACCGAGCUAGCUCGGCUUCGUGAACUUGUAAGAUUCCUCUGCUAGUUCAGGCGGAAAAGAUCUCAUCGAAAUGGGAGAAGACAGGGAUCGGGAUAGAGAUCGUCGUCGUCGAUCACGAUCGCGGGAUCGCAGGGACCGCUCCCGGGACCGCAACAGAGGUAGAUCUAGGUCCGACUCCCGAGGCAGACGCGGUGGACCCGGCCAGGGCGCCUCUGGGAAAGCUCGCCGCAAGAAGCCGUCGCUCUACUGGGAUGUCCCCGCUCCGGGUUUCGAGCAUAUAACCCCGCUACAGUACAAGGCCAUGCAGGCUUCCGGCCAGAUUCCCGCGACGCUUCUUGCGCCCCCGAUCACGACGAAUCACCAGCCUUCACAGCCCGUAAUCGGCAGUACCAUCACGCGCCAAGCCAGGCGUCUCUACGUCGGCAACAUUCCUUUCGGCUGUACUGAGCAGGAAAUGAUCGACUACUUUAAUGUGCAGAUGCACGCAUGCGCUUUCGCCCAAGCUCAGGGCAAUCCCGUUCUCGCGUGUCAAAUCAACAUGGACAAGAACUUCGCUUUCCUCGAAUUUCGAUCAAUCGACGAAACUUCAGCCGCCAUGUCGUUCGACGGUAUAAACUUCAAGGGUCAAUCAUUGAAGAUUCGACGUCCACACGACUACCAACCCAUGCCGGGCAUGUCCGAGUCUCAAGGAUCGGUCAUUCCGGGAGUCGUUUCGACUGUCGUUCAGGACUCUCCGCAUAAAGUAUUCAUUGGAGGGUUGCCCAAUUACCUCAAUGAGGAUCAAGUCCGUGAACUCCUCAUGUCCUUCGGACAGCUCAAAGCCUUCAACCUGGUCAAGGAUACGGCUACAGGAUUAUCCAAAGGUUACGCUUUCUGCGAGUACGCCGAAGUGACGAUCACAGACGAUGCGAUCGCAGGUCUCAACGGAAUGCAGUUGGGAGACAAAAAACUUAUUGUGCAGCGCGCAUCGGUCGGCGCUAAGAAUUCCAACAUGGCAGUCCCUGUACAGAUUCAGGUUCCGGGUAUGCCAAAUGUCCCUAUCGGAUCUUCUGGACCUGCAACCGAAGUUCUCUGUCUGAUGAAUCUUGUGACCCCUGACGAACUCCGAGACGAAGAAGAAUACGACGAUAUCCUGGAAGAUAUUCAAGACGAAUGCAACAAAUACGGUCACGUGAAGAGCAUUGAAAUCCCUCGACCCAUCCAGGGGGUCGACGUACCGGGAGUUGGGAAAGUGUUCGUCGAGUUCAACUCUGUGGCUGAUUGCCAGAAGGCUCAACAGGCCCUGACUGGACGGAAGUUCAGCAAUCGUGUCGUUGUCACGUCGUACUUUGAGCCUGAUAAGUAUCACCGGAGACAAUUCUAAUAUGCGAUUCCAAGUAUCGAAUCCGCAUGAUCAUUUUCCUUUGUACAUUGACAUUUAUCUCCCUUCAAACCGCAACGACAAUAAACUCAAACUUCGAGA